UUUCAUUAAAACUUUUUUUACUGUUUUGUUUUUGUUACUCCUCAUUGUAGCUUGCUGUUAAUGCUGUGCUAACAAUAACAGUUAGCUAUGUUAGCUACGUUAGCCGUUGAUGUUAACGUAAUUUAGUGUCGGUAUACAGAAACUGUUUUCCUAACAAAACCACUGUUAUUAAGUGAAGGCGCUCUCAACUAAUUUGAACCUUUGGCUUCUAAAAUAUGUGGUCCUAUUGUGUGCGGCGUACAUAACGUAAUGUCAGCUAGACUGAUAUUAAAAUUUAUAUUAAAGUCACUAAAAUGGCGCCUGAAGCCUGUUUUGACAUGAGCUGUGUCUGCUCUAGAAACUGAGAAAUUCAGUAGAUCUGAGCCGUACAUUAAAUACUCACAUCAGCCUGUACUUUGAAUUCUGUAAGAGCUGUAUAAAACACAGCUAUGCAUAAGUGUUUUGAAUGAAUAGAAAUGUGACACAUGAGAAGGUGUCUGUGACUGUUCCUGUAUAACUUAUUUUCGGACUAGUUGACAAAUUAUGCUCCGGUCAUUUGAUGUUACCAAGAUGGAUGUCCUUUUGUAAUAUAGUUAAAUUUUCUUUGUACAUUUCAUUUAUCCACCAUCGUACAUUAAGCCAAGAGGUCAUUAUACUAACAAGAGGUAUCAACGCUGGGCCAAAGUUCAGCACGUGGUUAAAGUUUGUAAUCCAGCCAGGGUGUAAAUAUCCCUCAGCAGCCAGUCGCAGAGAUGAAGCAGGUAGCAUCAACACAUAAAUCUACUCUACCCGGCUUAAAUCACAAGACCACCUCUGACCGAAAAGCUGUAGAUUUUUCCUGUUUGCACAAAUUAAUCCAGAUUCACACUAACUCUGUUCACAGCUCCAACAAAAUGAGGAAGAGGGAGAAACACAAUUAGACUGAAUUACAAUUGGAUGGAUGUCGAGGACAAGGAGAAGGAAGCUUAGGAUGAGGAGGAAGAAAAGCAGCAGGAGCAUCUUUAGGGAUCUCUAUGAUGUCAUUGAGAGGCGGCGGCGAGAGGGGAGACCUCGGCUCAUCCAUCUGGACAGCCUGACCAGGAGGAGCCGAACAUUAACUCGGGUCUUCCAGGGCACCCUGCAGACUCGGCUGCUGGCAUUGGCGAGAGAGUGCGGCCGCGGCUGGGAUGACGUGAACGCCAAACAGGAGUCCAUCACAGGUCGACUGCAGCUCCUUGUCUCAGAGUGGGAGGGGUUUGAAGCACAAAGGGAAGAGCUUGUCGUUUGGUUGGCUGAUAUGGAUGUCCACCUGAGUGAGGUUGACCAGCUGACAGGAAACACCUGUGGAAAAACUGAAACAACUGCAGGGUGGUAAUCUGGUCAGCCAGCUUGCACACUGCGUUGUUCGCGUUGGCCUGAGGAGGGAUGUAAAGACCGACCAGCAUGAAGGAAGAAAACUCCCGCGGUGAAUAAAAUGGUUUGCAGUUGAUGAAAAAAGUAACCAGGUUUGGGCUGCAGUACUUCUGUAACACUGUGACAUCAGUACACCAACCUUCGUUAAUGUAGAAGCAGACUCCACCACCCUUUGUUUUCCCUGAAAGCUCCGUUUCACGGUCCGCCCAGUGAAGUUGGAAGCCCGGCAGAUUUAACACAGCGUCUGUGGCUGGGGUCUAUCACACCAGGCAAGACCCCAGGUGCAGGCUGUGUAAAGAUGCCCCUGAGACAAUCCAGCACAUAACAGCAGGGUGCAAGAUGCUAGCAGGCAGGGCAUACAUGGAAUGCCAUAACCAAGUGGCCGGUGUAGUAUACAGGAACAUCUGUGCCGAGUAUAACCUGGAAGUCCCGAGGUCAAAAUGGGAGACGCCCCCUAGGCUGGUGGAGAAUGACCCAGGUAAGAUACUGUGGGACUUCCAGAUACAGACGGACAAAAUGGUGGUGGCUAACCAACCGGCGGUGGUAGACAAACAGAAGAAGACGGCCGUAGUGAUCAAUCUAGCUGUUUAUGAUUGUAAACUGAACAAAAACAACAACAGCAACAACAUUAAUGAUAAUGACAAACAAAAGUACUUAGAUUUAUGUAAAUCUCACGUCAGGAAGAUCUGCAUUCGAUUUCAUGGGCUGAAAUAAAUAGAAACAUUACUGCUAAACAACCAAAAAAAACUCUAAAAAGCCUAAAAAUUACUAAAAAGGCAAGGAAAUGUGGAACAUUGUAAUUAGUGAAUAUUAAUAAAGCAUAACUGUGCUUUGUUUCUAACCUUGGUAAGUAAGUGGUCUGUAGCCAGGAGAGGUGGGAUUUCUGUGAAAGUCAAAUUAAAUGUGAAUAGGUUUUGAUAGUUAUUGUAUAUAACAAGUGUAAACAGUUUUAUUUGUAAUUUUUUUUUUUUUUUUUCCCUUUCUGAGAAGGCAGAAUAAUAA